UGUAAAAAAAUACGAUUUUCAGAUAAAAUAUCAUUUUUCAUGGUACUCCCCAAUUUAUAAGACGUUUUCCGUCUCAUGUGUAUUGUCUAGUGCAAGAUAAGACAUCAUUUUUGCAUGAACUGGAAGAUGACAGGCAGUUUGACCAGGCCAGACAAGUACUCCAUCUAAUGGGAUAAAUCCAAACUAACAAUGAACGGCCAGACCGACUCGAAACAUAUCCGAAAAGAACUUUUUACGGAGCAUGUCGAUCAUAACUUUGUACCGAUCAGGGCUGAAACCUUGCCAAAAACGACCCCGUCCUACCUUGCUACGAUCAAAGACGUGAAUAAUGUUCUCCACACCCGCGACGAGAGGAAAAUAAAACAGUUUUUACGGGAGAAUUGUUGGCCUGUUGACGACGAAGUGCGUAAGACUUUGUGGUGCGAUGUUUACCGGCUGUGCCAUCCCGAAGCUCAGGGCAGUAUUUACCAGGAGAUGGUUAAUAUGGUCUUUGCUGAAGGACACAAUCAAGAGAUUCACCUGCCGUCGUUCGUCGACCCCUCCUACAUGCUGCACUACCACCUCAACCAUCAUGGCUGCAACGUCGUCAAACGCAUCAUCUGUAUCAUCGGCCAGACGAACCCCGACGUCACGUUCUCGCCGACGAUGUUUGCGUUGACGAGUUUGUUGCUGCACCUUAUGGAGGAAGAGGAGUGCUUUAAUUGCCUGUACGCCUUGCUGCAGUCACGCAAGAGGACGUACCUCACGCAGACCAAGUUGUCCUAUGAGGCAUCCGCAUUAGUGCUGAAAGACCUUGCCAAAAAAUAUGCAAAAUCGUGUUACACCUAUGUCACCAAACAGGCCAAGGGAGACAAGAGUGUGUUUGAACACUGGAUUUGGUGGCUUGUGAAAGACCUGCCUUUCUCAUAUAUGGUUCGUAUAAUGGACUGUUACCUGUUUGAAGGAGUCAAAGUGCUGUACCGCGUCGCCUUGGCCGUUUUGAUUCUGUUCAAUAAACAUGCUGCUAGUUUCUUGAUGAACCUUAAUCUAUCGUCAGUCGACGCUCGCAAAUUCACCAUUACUGAACCGGAGGCUGAUAUGCCUUCUACGGGGUGUCUCUGUACCGGGAAGUCAGUUCGCCAAAGCCCACAGAAGAUCCCUAGUGUCAACAUCCAUACAGUACUCAGUCAGUUUUGUGAGGAGAUUCCCGUCUCCAUUGAUAAACUUCUCAAGGUGGCCUUCAGUAUCCGGGGAUUCUCCCACAAGGAGAUCAAAAAGUUACAGAUAAAAAAUGAGAUGUUUCUGACGAGUAAGCGUCACAUGCAGCAAGUGCCGCAUCUGACCAAGUCAGCGUCAUGUGAUUCCCUCGAUCUGAAGGUGUCCAAGUCCAUGAGUGGAGGGUUUGAGCUGCGGACAAUUGGGGAUCAGAGGUCGAGUCUAGUCUCAGGAGAACAGCUGCUGGCAACGUGCCCAAGGUCGAGGUCAAGGUCAUUAGGGGUCAUAGCGUUGGCAGACGUAAAGUCCUUUAUUAUGUCAACACAAGAUCUACAAGCUAUAUGGCAGUGGUUACCAACCAGGAUGACUGUCUACCAGCCGGAGAUGUUGUACACCACCCAUGAGCAUGGAACUAGUCUGAAGACGUUAUACAGCCGAGUUGAGGACCGAGAGCCAACCUUGAUCGUUGUGAAGACUUCCAAUGGGGAGGUAUUUGGAGCGUACUGCUCCGCCGACUGGGCUGAGAGGAAGAAGAUUGACUCAUUGUCGUAUUUCGGUACUGGUGAAACGUUCGUGUUCAGUCUCAAGCCGGAGAGGAGGAAGUUCGAGUGGGUCGGAAUCGGCAAGCAGUCUCGAGACGUGCCGACAAAUGCACACAUGUUUAUGGCGGGAAAUAAUACUGUGUUAACAAUAGGUGGAGGUGAUGGUGAAGCAAUAAGGCUCGAUGAAGAAUUACACCAGGGGAUGUCGUCUAGAUGUGCUACAUUUAAUAACCAACAACUUUGCUCAGAAAAGCAUUUUACGUGUACAACGCUGGAAGUGUUCGGCUUUCACUAACUAUCAAUCAAAGUGUCUAGAUUAGGCCAAGGAAAAUUGAUCUUCUGUUUCUAGUCAUAUAUCUUGAUGGCCUAGUGAUUAAGGUGUCCGCCUCGUGAAUGAAAGGUCGAAGGUACGAGGCCCGCUGGUAACCUCUUUCUGAUGCGGCCGGUUGGUUAGCCACCAGCUAGUUAUAAAAUACAGGGUACAGACUGCCUUCUCACCCUUUGAUAACAGAAUUUGGAACAGGGGGGCGCAAAAACCAGAAACAGAAGACUUAAUUUUUGGCCUCAGCACAAUUUGACAAACCAUGACAUCUUAUAUAUAUAUAUAUUACUCGCAAGAUAUACAUUGUGUCACUGACUCGAGACGACAAGUUAUACAUUGAACAUUGAUACGUAGUUUCACCAAAAGUCAUUGUGUGGAUUUCACUAGUCACUAGUCACAUUACUCGAGACAUAUUUCAUAUACUCAUGACAUUCAGUAUUUAGAAAGACCAAUAAUAUAUAAGGCUAAGAACACCCUCGGGACUGACAAGUGCUGUCCUUAAUAGAGAGAGGUGUCCUGAUUAUAAAGAGGUCAAAUUGAAAGGAAACAACCAAUUUGGGACCAAAAUUAGUGUCCUUAAUAGAGAGGUGUCCGCUAAGGGAGGUUCCACUAUAUAUUGUAGACAUGUAGGAGAGAAUGGGGUCUGGUUGCACAAACAAAAAUAAUGGUUGAAGGUCAAUUUAUUGCUCAUUAUAAGCUCAUGAAAUAGUAUUUGGACCUGGUUGGACUCUGAGCUAAUUCAGUAGGAAUUCAUUGGUUUUACAGAGUGAAAUCCUCACUGAUACUUACAAAGGGUGUCCUGUAUUGAAAGAGGUUCAACUCGAGAUAUAUACUCACUUAACUGCCAUAAUAGUCCAUGUCAAAUAGAUACAGGUAGUUUUAGCUCCAAAACUGUCUAGUUAUAGUCCUGGUGUGACUGCUAAUACAUACUUUAAAUUGCAAUUCAAAUAGACACAUUUCAGAAACUUUCGGCCCAGAGUUUGGCCUUUAAAUUAAGGAGAAUAUUGAGGAGAAGAAUAAAGGUUUUUCACGGGGCGACCUGUCACUGGUGUAUUGGCCAUAAGAAAUACUGAGUGACGUCAUUAGUAUUGAGGUGAUGACGUCAAAAUAUCAGGAAGUGACAGUUUUAACGUCAUUGCAGAGCCAGUCAUCCUAUUCUGACAUUCAGCACGGUGAACUCAAAUGAUGUGGAUAUGAGAACUCGUUUCGCAAAAAUGGAUUUUCAAUCCUCCAAGUUUCCUCUUGGAUAAAUUAGGAUAAGAUGUAUGGAUUGAUAUUUCUAUAAACAUUCAGACAUGCACACUUAAUAGUAUGUAUUGGCAGGUCCUGUUGUUUCGAAUGUACAUGUAUGUAUGUGCAAUGUAUGUAUGUACAAUGUAUGUAGAUGUGUAGAAAGCUAGUGCUCUAGUCAAAAAUCUAGUAUUCGUUAGAAGGGGACAAGGUGUACUGGUGUGAUUUCUAGUUAAUUGGCUUGUUAUUGCACUUUGAAAUGACUUUAGACAUGUUAAAUGCUUUGAAAAUGACUACAGCUUGACUAGGGGUAGGCCUAAGUUGACUAUCAAGAAAUGUAGUCCAAUGUACACGCAUGUAGCUGUGCUUGCCAGAUCAGAAAACUUUAGAUGCUUUGGAUUCAACUCUACAGGGUGGCCCAGAAUUAUUUUCCUUUGGACAAUAGAAUUCUAUUGUGUAUCCAUUGUGUGAGGGAAUAUAAUUCUGGGCCACCCUGUAGCUUGACUAGAGGUAGAAGAGGUAAUAUUGUGAUAAUGAAAUUGUGUAGAAGAUGUAAACAAUAAGAUAAAUUUUAAAAGUUAAGUUUUUUUUUACAAAAUUGUGAAAAUUUAUUGUACUGAAUGUAUGUGCUUGUAAACUUGUUAGUAAUUUCUUGUAUCAGGUACAAAACAGUUUCUGUUUUGGGCUAUACUCCAUCUUGCCAAAAUGUGCCACGGUUUUGAAAAAAGUGACAAGCAUUUCAUGAAAUUGUCUCAUCAACAUAGCAUUUUCAAUAUGAGCCUGCUGGAGUGUUUACGCUAGAAUUGUUUGAAUUUACGAUUUGAUUAAAGCCCACCCUUGCACUAUUGCUGGGAAUUUUACGCACUCAUUAUGGAUGUUCCUUAAUAGUUGAUGAGAUAAUUUCCUGAAGAAUGCUUGAGUCGUGAUGGAACUUGGGUGUUAACUCAAAAGCACUUAAAGCUGUUCAGAAAGCCUUACCUGAGAAGAUGGCGUCACUUUUCACAUUCUUUGUUGUCGCCAAUCAUGCUGUCAAAUUGUAAAACGUAAAGCCUGCACCACACGGUGA